CCCGAAGUAUGACGUAGGAGGAAGGAGACGCCAUUAGAGGGAGGCGGAAAGGCAGCUGCUCUUCGCCUUUCGUCGGGUCCCUGACGUGGUGGCUGGGUCCCUUCACUCUCGGACUCUCCCUCGGUCCUUCCAGACCUCGCCCCCAGGCGGGAGUGGAGACGGCGCUUGGGGUUGGGGGACCAGUGCCAAGGGGCCUGCGCGGCCCGUGACUGUGAAGGCGCUACUGCGGCUGUGGGGAGCUCGGCGCAGCUCUAGGGUUCGGGUGGCCGGGAAGCGACGGGAUGGCUGCGGCCGGCGGCGGCGGCGGCGGCGGCGGCGGGGCAGCGGCAGGCCGAGCAUACUCGUUCAAGGUGGUGCUGCUGGGUGAAGGCUGCGUAGGGAAGACGUCGCUGGUGCUGCGCUAUUGCGAGAAUAAGUUCAACGACAAGCACAUUACCACUUUGCAGGCAUCAUUCUUAACAAAGAAGUUAAAUAUUGGUGGGAAAAGAGUAAACCUUGCUAUAUGGGAUACAGCAGGUCAAGAGAGAUUCCAUGCAUUGGGUCCAAUUUACUACAGAGAUUCAAAUGGAGCUAUUUUAGUUUAUGAUAUAACGGAUGAAGAUUCUUUUCAGAAGGUAAAAAACUGGGUCAAAGAAUUACGGAAAAUGUUGGGAAAUGAAAUCUGUUUAUGUAUAGUUGGUAAUAAAAUAGACUUGGAAAAGGAGAGACAUGUUUCCAUUCAAGAAGCAGAAUCGUAUGCAGAAUCUGUGGGAGCAAAACAUUAUCACACAUCAGCCAAACAGAACAAAGGAAUUGAGGAACUCUUUCUUGAUCUUUGUAAAAGGAUGAUAGAAACAGCACAAGUGGAUGAGAGGGCAAAAGGCAAUGGCUCCAGCCAACCAGGAGCUGCAAGGCGAGGUGUACAGAUAAUCGAUGAUGAACCUCAAGGCCAGAGCGGUGGUGGAGGGUGCUGUUCUUCUGGAUAACUGUUCACACCUAAGAAAUUCAAACAAACUGUGGAUCAUUGCCCUCAACAUGAAGACUGCCAUAUUCCGAGUCACGUUAUUUUACCAAUGGAAUUAUAGAAUUAACAGUAUUUUAAAUUACGUUUAUAACACUGCAGAGACCUUAAGUGCUAUACUUAGUGAAGUUUGUGACCAGAGAAUUGGCAUUUUCUACAAAUGUUAACAAAGCAAUUACCAAUGGCCUUUUUACAUAUUUUUUCUUUACUAAGGAAUAAUAUGCAUGUAGAAAAGACCCACUUAAAGGCUUCAUUUAUAUUCUUUUAAGUCAAAUCUUUAUUUAAUAACUUAUAUAUGUUGUUGGAAUGGUAUACAUUUUGCAGCCCUUUGUAUUUUGUGGUAGUUUGAAUUGUAUCACUUCUAAACAGCAAACUAUUUUUGUUUUCUUUCUUUUUGUUUUUUUAAUUAGCAGAUACCUGAAGUACUAUUUUUGCAGGGUUUGCACAGGCCCCUGUCUACUACUUUGAUAUAAUCUAUAUACAUCCUGUAUGCUGAGCUAGUAAAAUACAUUGUAAAUUACAUAUUAAAUAUUUUAUCUGCUUUUACAAGCGCAAGGUGCAAAAAUAUAUACAAUAGUCUCAUUGAUGACUGUAAAGUGAUUAACAUUUGGUGAUAAUGCCUAAGCUUUUUGACUCUGAUAUAAAGAUCAUAGCUCCCCUUCACUUUUGUCUUAACUUGAAAGUGGCGUGUUUAAAUUUUCACAUAACUUUACUUGAAUUCUUGCUAUUGUCACAUGUUUUGGCCUCUGUAAGUCUAUCCGAUGAUUGAACAGCAGCAUUUGCCUUUUGGUUUUUUUGUUUUUUGUUUUUUUUUUAUAAAAGAGAUAACUUUAGCCAAUUUUGCUUUAGAAUGGUUACCUUAGAAGUAUUUGAGUGAAGCAUGCUGAGUUUCACUUCUGCCACAGCUUUAGUUUUCUUUUAGACUUUAUUUGAGAUGGGUUCACUGGUUUGAGAAGAGAGGAAGAGGUCCCAGAUAGUAGCCACUCACCAAGACUCAUACAGCAUGUUAGUGGUAGUUUAUGCUCCUGAGGCAGCACUUUUAAAUCCUUUGUGAGCAAGAUUUUUUCAGUUUUGUUCAAUGCUUGCCAGAAAUGAACACAGAAAGUUUAGUUUCAUUUUAUAAGAGCUAUUCUGAGUUUCUGUGAAGGGAAACAUUUCAUGUAAUGAAGUUAUGGCGAACACUGGAAAGAUUUAUUAUAAAAUUAUAUUCUUGUAUACUUUGUAAAUUAGUCUCUCAUUAGGUUUUUUUUUCCCCUAAAGCAUAGGACUGAUCUUACGUUUGUUAAUUUUAAUAGAAUCAGGCACUUCUUACAGAAGGAACACAAAUUGUAGAAAUUAACAAAUUGUUCUUGUUCUGAUAUAUAUAUAUUUUUUUCCAUUUCUGUCAUGCUUGGAAAACUAGUAAAUGUUAUGUCUAAGAUAAAAUGGAAUUGUCCCUGGAUUUACUUCUUAUAGGGAGCAGUAGUAUGUAAUAAAAGUUGUUAGCAUGAGCAAUUAAAGGAUAUAAAGAAGCUAUACUUACUAAAGAAGUACUACCAUAUUUUUAAGUUAAUAGCUUAAACCUUCCUAAAUGGGUUAAAAGUUGAAUGAAUUGACACCUUGAUGUUAUGAUGUUAGGAUUUUAACUUAGUAUUAAUUUAAGGGUUCUGUGAGUCCUCACUUUACUUUUUAAAAUUAUUGUCCUUGUCAAAUUCAACACACUGAUCUCUGUUGUGUGUUUCAGAAGGUGGAGAAUGGGAAGAGUCAGGGAGAUAAGCUAAAAUUGUCUUCUUUUAUGUGACAACUGUACUCUAUGUAGUCUCACAAUUUCCUGUGAAGUUAGUGUUUAUGCAGGGGGUUGGGGGAAGUACAUAUCAUGAGUGCAGAUACAGGAAAAUUAUUUUUGUCCUGGUUCUUUCAGAGGUAGAAAAGCCCUGCCAUUUCUACUCUUGUAGAUGGGAAAUAUGCUCUUUUCAAUUGGAGUGAAAUAUGUUUUUUAAAAAACAUAUUUCUCUUACCAAGAUAUAUUGGAGUUCUUCUGUUGGCAUAACAGACUUUCAUUUUGUUUUCUCCCACGUCACUAUGGGUGUGUUUUGCCUUUUUGAUGAUAUCGAGCAUUAUUUCAAACAAUGAAAUCAUAAAGCCUGAUAAUUAGAGAGGUGUACUCUCAAUUUUUGACCCUAUAAAGUCUGGAUAGGAACCUCUGCUCUGCAAUUGCCAGGUAAUUAUUGGUAGGGUACAACCACUCUCCAUAUUUUUUUUUCCCUCUACUCUCCCUUGGAUUUUGUGUAAUCUUUCUUAACCUCAAGCAUUUCAUUCUUUCUUAAACCUGUAAUUUGAGCUUCAGUAGCAACAAUAGGUAAUAUAGUAAACCCGUCCUUGCUCUGAAGCCCAAAAGGUCUUUAGGUAGGAAUAGGGUGAAAGGGUAAUGAAAGAGGACUAAUAAAUUAGUAUGUAUAUAAAGGAAAGAUAAAGAGAUGAUAAACCAAGGUUGAGGAAAAUUUUCUGAUACUUUCUUCACCUCUAAUAUAUCUUUUGUGUGCCUGUCCUUAAAAUUGUGCUAUUAGGAAGAAGACACAAGUUACCAUGUUGUGUAUUUAAAAGUAGUAGAUAGGUAGAAUCUCUAUAUAUUUUUCAAGUAGUAAGUGUAUAUAUAAUUAGAAAUUAGUUUAAGAUAGUCAUUAAAAAUAUCUGACUAUUAUGUUAAAAGUAUACAGUCAUUUCUGUAAUGAUGAUAGAUAUUCUGCUUGUUUUGUGAUUAUAGAGAAAGAUUAUUGUUUUAAAAAUGUAUAUCGUGAUAAUUUUGGGAUAAAUAGUAAUCUGGAAAGAGAAAAGCAUCACAUUCUUGGAUAAAAUAUGAGCGUUUAUAUUUGCUUUGUUCUAGGGAUACCUCCUGAAACUACCCUAGAUCUAUGGCUAUUAACAGUUAAAUUGUGAAUUUUUUUUUUUUUAUAUUAGCCACAUAUUAUGAAUGAUUACAUUUUAUUUGGCAUUAAAGUAAGAAAGAAGAAUGAUACUUCAUUUUUAGAUUUUCAGUAAAAAAAAGGACAAAAUUUGGGAACUAGGGAAGAAAAUGGUGAGGAGUCGAAUGGGAGACAGGUGGAUGUGAAACAAUAACCUGACAAUUUUAAAAAUCAUUUCAAAAAAUAUUACUUUUAUCACAUAGUUUCUAAAUAAGAAAAGCUAUGUAUUGUGCCAAAUAUUUAGAACAUUUUAAAGAAUGAAUUAGAUGCUAUUUAUUUCUUUUAAUACAUAAUUUACAAUUUUCUAUCCUACCAAGAGUAUAGAUCAUUGAUCUUAUAUUAUCUACAGAUAAUAUAAUUUACCCUUAUAAUUACCACUUAUCUCUAGAAGUGGUUUGAUCUGUGCCUUUAACUUUUGAAAUGUAUCUUUUGGCUUCUAUUUGCUGUUGUAGUUCUUAUAGUAUUUUUUAUAGAUACAGUGCAACGAAGAGAGAAUGCUUAAUUUGAGACCGUUUAAGAUGUUGAGAUCAUCUAAAAAAGGGUCUAAGUAGUAGUGACCAGCACCCUACCUCUACUGAGUAGAUCCUUAAGUAUUCUUUACUAAAUUACAAAAUUCGUUAUCUAGAUUUUCAUAACUAAAAGCUGGACUUCAUGGAAUAUAACAUUUACUUGAUUUUGUAAUAGGCAUUGGUUCUAGUAUGUUGCUAUUCUGUAAUUUUUAAUCAACUAAAACAGUAAUGUAUUUGGUGUUGUGGGCCAAAAUUCAUGCUGCACAUAUGUCUGACUUGUGGCUUUUCUCUUUUCAAGAAAACAGAUUAAUUAUAAUUCUGAACAAAUUUUCCUAAAUGUAAAUAUUUUAGUAUUAAUCACAUAUAGAGAUACUCUUAAGAGUUUCCAAUUUCAAACAAAAAUGCUUCACUUCUAAAGAAAUACCACUUUAAUAUAUAUUUCAUACACCUUUAGCACUACUUGUGCUAUCUGGGAUUUAUAUAUCAUUUCUGAGAAGCUGAGUGUGCUUCUGAGUAUUAACCUUAAUACUGCAACAUUUUCUCUGCAGUAGAUACAUGAACAUGGCAAGUAAAUGUCACAUGGUACACCCAGCAGGAAAACAUCUUGUCCUUUUUAGAAGCCUGCACAUAUUUCCAAAUGCAUCACAUUAAAGCCAUAAGAUGGGCCUAUCUGCUUAAAUGACCCUUGUUCCCACUGUAUCAGUUCUUAUCUUGAUUUUGACACUUACUGGCAACUGUAUCAUCUCUUCAUAAUCAAGUACUCAAGAAAAAGCUGGUGUGAUUUCCUUAGAUAUGAAUUUGUGUAGAGCAAAUGCAAGAAAGGUAAGGGAUAGCAGGAACAAAGUAUGAUAAUGUUUAAAAUAGACAACAGCAGUGUUUGCUAAACUGUAUGUUCUGUAGCAAGCUAUUUUAAGGAAACAAUCAUAUGUAGUAUUUCCCAAAGUUCUUCAUUUUGUAUUUAAUUAUCUAAGUAACAAUAUAUUCUAAGAAAAAGAAUAAAAAGUACAGAUAUUGUGAAAGGGCCCCUGGGGCACCCCCCCUCCCACAUGGUAACUAUUGCUCUCUAGUGUAUACUCUUCAAUUACUUUUCCCCUAUGCAUUUAUACACAUAUAUAUUUACCUAUAGAAGUACAUAGUUUUGUGGGUUUAAAAUUUCUACAUAAAUUGUUCUUACUAUGCAUAUGUUUUCCAACUUGCUUUUUUCUCUUACCAAGAUAUAUUGGAGUUAUUCUGUUGGCAUAACAGACUUUCAUUUUGUUUUCUCCCACAUCACUUUGGGUGUGUUUUGCCUUUUUGAGUAACCUCUGAUUCUCCAUGAGGCCUUCUCAGAAGAUAUCUGGUCAAUUAAAUAGACUUCAUUAGAAUCACAAAAUGUUAAUGCAAACCAGUGUUUACCUUAGAAUCAGAGUCUCCCUUAAGCAUGUGAAUCAGGAAAUUAGAAUGGCAUCUGCUUACAAUUCAUUUGAAGUAUAUUACUUUUGGACUAUGUUGGCUGAUUAAUAUAUAAAAUUCAAGAGUUAACUUUAGCAGAUUCUUCAGAAUAGGUUUUUAUUUGAGAGAAGAAGGAAAAAGUACAGGGUAACCUAAAACAAGCCUUUGUAUAACUCCAGGUAAUUAAUGUAACACAAGACUUCAUGCUAGCAAAAAUUUAAACUUCUGUUUCAUCUGUGCCUUUAAUAUAGAGUAAAAAAUAAAAAUUUCUUUUCAGA